CGCGCGCGUGACUACAUCUUAACGAUGUAUCGAAUUUACUUUUAAGUGUUAAUAGAAACAUCGAAAAUGCAUCUACAUUUUGAGAGGAACGUGAACGCUAAAUGCGACUGCACAAUAUUGUCGCUGUCGUGGAUGGGGAAGGUGCCAGAUGAGUUGCCGGAGGAGGAGGGUUGGAAGCUGAAUCGCAACAACUAUUACCAGGAAGGAUGGCUGGCAACUGGUAAUGUGCGCGGUGUGGUUGGCGUUACGUUCACGUCUUCGCAUGCACGUCGCCCUCAUGAACUGCCGCUACGCACCAACUACAACCUGCGUGGACAUAGAUCUGAUGUUAUUUUGGUGAAAUGGAACGAGCCGUACCAAAAGUUGGCAUCUUGUGACAGUUCUGGGGUUAUUUUCGUGUGGAUCAAGUACGAGGGCAGAUGGAGCAUCGAAUUGAUCAACGACAGAAGCACGCCAGUCACGCACUUCUCAUGGUCACAUGAUGGGCGGAUGGCCCUUAUCUGUUACCAGGAUGGUUUCGUUCUCGUGGGCUCUGUAGCUGGUCAGCGAUACUGGUCAUCGAUGUUAUCUCUGGACGCACGUAUCACCUGCGGCUGUUGGACUCCAGAUGACAACCAAGUAUACCUCGGCACCGCCUCCGCACAACUGGUGGUGAUGGACGUUCAUGGCGCGAUGGUUUCGCAGGUGCAACUUGUUGCCGAGGGCGGCAUUACAUCAAUGGCGUGGUCAUGCGAAAAGUUCAAGAUGGAAGAAGGCGAGGAAAUCACUGACACCAAUGGAGGACACGUUUUGGCCGUCGCCUUAGGGAAUGGGGAAAUCGUACUCUUACGAGGACACGACGACGUCAGUCCAAUACGGGUGCAUACUGGCUUAAGAGGGAACACACUAGCCAUGGAAUGGGCAAAUUCGCGGGAACUUCUAGCUGUUGCUGGCACCUUAGUACCUGAAGGAGAAGAGUUUCCUGAUUCGCCUCCAUACAAGAACGUCGUCAAAUUCUACUCGGACACCGGAGUUCUUAUUUACACUGUGCCAAUACCAUACACACAGGCACGCGUGUCAGCGCUGACGUGGGGGCAUGCGGCGCGGCGGCUGUUCGUGGGCGUGGGCGGCGCGGUGUGCACGGCGCGCGUGUGGCGCGUGGUGGCGCCGCUACAGCUGUUGGCGCGGGUGCGGGCCGCACAGGCGUUGCGAGAGCCGCGCCUCGCUGCGUUGCUGCCGCUCCCGCCGCGCUUGCAGCCUGCGCUCGCCAAUCUCUUCGCUCACACUAUACGGUGCACAGUGCCGGAGAGUAGUGAACUGCGGCGGUUCGUAUCCAGACCUCCAGCAGCGGGAGGUCGCCUGCACUGCACUAUGUUGCGCCAUGACGACGAGGAGGCCGGCGCCUACACGCUCUACCUUGAGCAUCUCGGCGGUCUAGUCCCUCUCCUCAAGGGCCGCCGCACCAGCAAGAUCAGGCCCGAGUUCGUUAUAUUCGACCCCCAAGCCGAAGAGGGAGUAAGCAAGCUGGUGGUCCGCGAGAGCAGCAGCGGCAGUAGCAGCAGUGGCGCCGCCAGCAGCAGCAGUAGCAGCGCGGGCGUCGCCGCCUCACCACGUGCCGCUCGCCGAGCCCCGCGCCCGCCACCCGCGCACUCCUCGUCUUCCGAUACCGACAGGGAGGAGGGUUGUUCUGGAUCACCGAGGUUGCAGCGACGUAGACGUGCCCGAGAGAGGAGAAAGGUACGAAAUUCGAGCGAAAAGGAUGACACGCCCGACGAACUGGCUUAUAUUGACUCAUUGCCAGAGGAUGUGCGCUUAGUAGAAGUUACCUCAAAUAUUUGGGGCACUAAAUUUAAAAUGCAUGGCCUCGCUAAAAAUGUGCCAGCUAAUUUGGGCCAAGUUACGUACAAAACAUCAUUACUUCACCUCCAGCCGCGACAGAUGACUCUCAUGAUCACUGAGCUUCGUGAUGAUUAUCCAGUCGGACCCGAUCCCAAUUUUAAUCCAAACAUAUUUUCUGAAGAUGAAGAGGAAGUAUUCCAUUCUAAUGACUCUAAUAGUUCUCCGUCACACACCAAUAAUAAUAUUCGAAGAAAGGUAACACUCAAUGAGAGAAUAAAUAAUUCUAAUAACAUUAUAAAUCAAAAUGACACGUACUCAUCUAACAAUAACAAUACAAACAGUCCCUCCUUAGCGAGGGCUGAGUCUUAUGACGAGUUCCCUUACAUUGAUACUAGCGACACAAUGAAUAACGUUCCCGAGAACGUUUACUCGACGCCCGUGCGGCACACAACGCAGGCGGCUGAUCGUAGGAUGAACAACGCCAGCGUGCCCAACCGACACGCCAUUUCCCCGCUUAGGUGCGAGAGCUCUGUUCCCACUUUGCAGUCGCCGAAGAACGCAGUGGCUCCAACUGACAUAAUCUUUGAAAGGCCUUCCCCGCAAACGGUUACGUGCGGUGGCCGUGGCGACUUUUGUGGAGGCAGGGCCGACUACGGUGUCCGAGGAGACAACGUGUCUCUUAAAGGGAAUCUCUCCAACAUAGAGCAGCAGUCGUUUAGUUUAAAUUUAAGUUUAGAACCGAGUAGACAAGUCACCAUAAAGAAAUGCGAUUCCCAUGUCACGGACAAUUGUCUAUCGAAGUUACGGAAAAACAUAUGUAGCAGAGGUGAAUCCGUAUCUUACGAUAUGAACACUAGAAUAUUAAAGUCACUAUGUACUAAAAACUACGAACACGAAGUGCAUCCGGACGCGAUGACCAGAAGAACAGAAACAUUAAAGAAUCUUCAAAAGGGAGAGGAUCUAAAGUUUAUAGAUGAGGAGACCCCUGUAGAUACGACAAUUACUAACAUAACCGAAAGAAGUAAAGAAGUGAGAGUGCAAAGAACGACCACGGUGGUGCCAAUCAGUCCAGUUUGUGCCAACCUGCCAGUGUACGAUACUAUGACGCGAAGUUGUAGCGUUGGGUAUUUAGAUUUAGUCGAUCCUCAAGUUCUGCACGCUCAGGUCAGCCUGACCGCAUUGAGAGGCGAGCCGCCUCGCCGUCUCAUUCUAGUCAAUAACAAGCGGCAACGCCGGCCUAGACGACACCAUCGAACGACAGAUAUAAAACAGGUCGAGAAUACGAGAACCCCGAGCCUAAAGAAGUGCGGGAAGUCAAAAAGUCUCGACUCCACCGAAAUGUCGGCUGCCGCGGAGAAGAGCACCAAACAUCUGAAAGCCGAGUCGACUAGCCAGAGGGAGGCAACGUCGGUGAAUUCGAGCAGCCGUUGUACGAGCACAGGGGGCGAGGACAACGGCGGCGUGAGUACCGAGGAGGGCGGGCGCCGCGAGCCGGGCGGAGCGUGCGGGCCGCGCGCCGGCCCUGCGCCCGAGCCUGCCUCGCGUCGCGCCGCCGACACCGACUCCGACUACAGCAAGUAUUAUAGUUCGCUGGAGCAGCUGGCGCUGCGGCUGCUGGCGUCGCGGUCGUCGCGGCGCGGGGCGAGGGCGGCGGAGGCGCGGGGUGCGCGGGGCGCGGCAGACGCGCGGGAGAGCAGCUCUGCGCCGGCGUCGCCUCGUCCCGCACGCAGUGCUGCUCCUGUACCGACACCCGCCACGCCACGCCGCACCAGAUACUCCUCCGCCUCCCCUAUACGCCAACUGCUCAACUCGCCACUAUUAAAUCGUAGAAGGAACAAGAAACCAUCGGAAAGCUCCGACGACGAAUACUCGAAUGGCAGUGGAUACAACGAAGUUAAUAGCAAAAAUUAUAGAGACCUGGAGAGUUUCCAGAAGGCUCAACUUAGAAAUAAGUUAAAACGCGCGGGGACAACAGGGGUGACGGUGACGGGGGCGGCGGCGGGCGCGGGCGCCGGCGACGGCCGCAGCAGCCCGCACUCGCGGCGGCAACUCGUCAUGCACAACAAAGCGCCCAUGUGGAACGAGAACAGCCAAGUGUACCAACUUGAUUUCGGUGGUCGGGUCACGCAGGAAUCCGCCAAGAACUUCCAAAUAGAAUAUCAUGGUAAACAGGUGAUGCAGUUCGGGCGUAUCGAUGGGAACGCUUACACUCUUGACUUCCAGUAUCCAUUCUCGGCGUUGCAGGCCUUCGCCGUCGCUCUAGCUAAUGUGACGCAGAGACUCAAAUGAGCACCAUCCUUCUAGCUCAUAGUCGACAAUAGCGUGCGGUUCUUGUAGGCGAUGCGAGCCAGUCGGAAAAUAUCAUUUUUCUAUUUGAAUAUCGACUUUUGAUUAUAUCCGAGGUACCGCCUCGAUCUAGGUCUAAUUCUUUAAAUAGUUACGGUUCAUUAUAGUCGGUUUUGAUAUUUUCAGACUGCUUGCUGGCAAUAGUAAAUUCCUGUAACACAUGCCUACACUGUAAUAUAUAAGCUUGACAAGUACCGUUAUAGUGAUUGGGUUUUGACCAACUGGCUGGCACGAAGCUAGAUUGUAGACAAUUAAGUUAGAUUCCUGUAGCAACCUAUAGAUGUGGAUAGAUUCCGGGUAUAUAUUCGUUUAGAAUGCAAUAGAAAGAUGUCCACUUUUGGCAAAUGCUUCUUGACGCUCCGUGCAGGUCAGUAGGUUGUAAAUCAUAAUCGUAUUGAUCAGCGAGCAAACCCAUCCAUAAAAUAUUUUUUACACAAGCUUACAAUUAGAUAGGUAACUAUGUAAAGUAUCAAAUUCAUUGUCUCAAUGCCGAUAGUACGAAAUAUAUUUUCGAAGACAUUGGGACCAUCAGCACAGAUAAAGAAACGUGUCUUAUAAUGCCCAUAGACUAAUUUAUGCAAAACAAUACAUUAGGUACAAAAUCAAAUUUAAAUUCUGAAUUGAAUAGUAAAUAUUUGUCAUGUCUGUGUUAAAUUGGUUUCAUUGAUUAUAUUUUGACUAAAAUCACCAUAGAUACAACCAACCAAUUGAAGAAUAAUAAAACAAUAUUUAGUACAUUACCGAUCCAUCUAUAUAGCUACAGAUAUUGCAGGCAAAUAGGUAUCUACAUGUAUGGCUUAUUUUUGUUUUAUUGGGUGAUUAUAGAAUAGUGCACCCGCCUGCGCUAACGACAUAUGCUGGCGGAGCACCAUUGGAGGAUUGGAUGCGUAUAGUCAGAUCAGUUAGCUCAUCGUAGUGAAUUUACUAAGAGUUAUCGACGGUUUCCAGGGGAACCGCGUGGAUAUUGAGCUGACAUAGUACAUUUCUUUCAUUGUUAGCAAUGCGGCCACUGGUGUCCAUUACUGGCAAUAUCCUCCUACUCCUAAGGCUUAAUAUUAGAUUUUCCGUUUGUACCCAAAUAUAGUAUCCGUCUAUUGGCCUAUAUUUGACGUUGUUUAAAACACUCAGUAUUUGUUAAUCAGUGUUGAAGUGAAGUGAAAUUGUAACAUUAUGUAAAGGCCACUAGAGUGACUUGUUGUAUCUGUUUAGUUUCAUCAAUUAAAUAAUUAUUAGUUGAUCUGUUUAUAAAUGUUAUGCACUGAAUUAUUCAUAUACACCAUGUUUGUUGUUUUCUCUAUUACAUAUGAAUAUAAAAUGUUUUAUUUUGAUUAUUAAGAAAAUAUAUGUUGUCCCUGUAUGAAUUAAUUUGCUAAAUGUCGGCCUAUGUUUACGCAUACUCUUACUGUAUUGGAAUGAUUUUUAUUUUUCUCUACAAAUUUUUCUAUAGAAAUUCAAAUUACUAUGUGUAAACGUUUUUUAUAUCAUAACAGUCCCUUGCUUACUUUAUUACUGUUUAAAAUCAUAAUGUUGUAUGUACUAUUAUCAUGCCUGUUGCAUAGGACAUUUUAUUAAAUUUUAUUCAAAAUUAUUAAAGUGACUUAUUGUAAAUACUUAAGGUGCUUACAGAUAUGCUUGAUAAAUGUUAAAAGAUAGAAAUAAUAUUUGUUUUGUACAUAUGCAACUGAAAAGUGGAUAAAGUUGACAUGAAUAAUAUAAUCGUUAAUUAUCUUUAAUUAUACCAGGAUUAACUUAAUUUUUAGAAGGUAUAAAAUAAACAUUCGCUUGUUGUAUUCUGAAUGUUCACUUUAUCUUUAUAUCCAGGUUAUGCAGAUAUGUAAGCACCUUAAUAUCUUCACUGUUGGAAUCACGUAAAUUAUGCAUUAUCAAAAACGAUACAUUUUCAGUAUUUAUGAAAAUAGAACCUGUUAGGCAUAACAUCACCUCUAUAUAGCUAAUCGCUUUUAAUGUAUCAAUGAAGAAGUGAAUAUAUUACUUAUAAAAAACUAUUUUUUUGUUAAUAAUGGCAACAUUGCAUGAUUAACGUUGUAGUUUUUUAAUAGUUGAUAAUAGUGCUUUUGCCGGUUUAACGACGUACGCUGGCAAACCACCAGUGGCUGACAGGAUGACCGUGAAGUCAGUUUAUUGGUGUCAGCGAUUAGGCACAAUGGGAUUUGUAGGGAGGACCGCGUGGAGUCUCAUUUGACGUGAUACGUUGAUAGCAACAGUCACUAUUCCAGUUACUAACAGUCCCGUAACGUUGUAAUUAUCACCACCAAAUCAUUUGUGCUCAUUCAUAAAUAUUGAAAAUAGUCACAUAACGCAGAAGUUGCGAGAUUUCGAUAGCGUUCGUUC